AUGAAGUUCAAUCCCUUUGUGACUUCUGACCAGAGUAAGAACCAUAAAAGACACUUCUUUGCACCGUCCCACAUUUGCAGGAAGAUUAUGUCUUCCCCUCUUUCUAAGGAACUGAGGAAAAAAUACAAUGUUUGGUCCAUGCCCAUCCGAAAGGAUGAUGAAGUCCUGGUUGUACAAGGACACUUCAAGGGUCAGCAAAUUGACAAAGUAGUCCAGGCAUACAGGAAGGCAUAUGUCAUCUACAUUGAGCGAGUACAGAGAGACAAAGCUAACGCCACAACUGUCCAUGUGAGCAUUCACUCCAGCAAGGUGGUUAUCACUAGGCUAAAACUGGACAAAGACAGCAAAAAGAUCCUGGAAUGUAAAGCCAAAUCUCACCAAAUAGGAAAGGAAAAGGCCUUUUCCUAUAAGGAAGAAACGAUUGAGAAGAUGCAGGGGUAA